UUCAAACGUGUAAAAAAAGUUCUACAUAUUAUUUUAAUUACAAAUUGAUCAAAAGUCUAUAAUAGUAAGAGAGGCAUCAAUUUUGAGAUGGAAGACGGGGACAACAGAGCUGCGGAAUCCUCUUUCUAAAGUUGGUUUCAACUUGUCACUGAUUCGGCCUCUUUGAAGGAUCUCCUAUUGAUUGCAUGAGAUAUUUUAGACCCCCCCGAAAGCUGAAAAUGCAAUCGUUUGGAAGCUUAAGCUUCCAAUGAUGUUAUGCGGAGCUGCACGCCGAUUGUACGUUUUAACUGAAAAACCAAUUGCGGUUGUGGGCGCCGCCGAUGAAGGGCCAACCUUUACCGAAGAUCAACGCCGAUUCACCCGGCGACGACGGAGAUCCCCUCCGCACUAACACCCUCUUGCCGGGCGGCGUAAUCGUAGGCGGCGGGCUACGAAAGAAGGCUGCGGGGAUCCGGCAGUGGCUUCUGUUGGACUCCACGGGGCAAGCGCAGGUGGUGGAGGUCGGAAAACAUGCUAUCAUGCGGCGGACUGGACUUCCGGCCAGGGAUCUUCGUAUUCUGGACCCGUUCCUAUCCUAUCCUUCCACCGUUCUCGGCCGUGAACGGGCAAUCGUCAUCCAUCUGGAGCACAUCAAAGCCAUUAUCACCGCCCAGGAGGUCCUUCUCCUCAAUUCCAAAGAUCCUUCUGUUUCCCCUUUCGUGGACGAGCUUCAGCACAGGAUAUUGCGUCACCACCAAGCUACUAAGUCUCAGGAAGCUGGAGCUGAGCAGGGUAAUGCAGACUGGGCGAAUCUGUAUGCAUUCGAAGAUUCACAAUCAAACAGAGCAAGCCCUCAAAACUAUUCUGGGAAUUUUCCAGCUAAGGAAGAGGAUGGUAAAGGAGAUGGGAAACAAACUGGUGAGAACCGAGAUGGACUGAAGCUUCUUCCUUUUGAGUUUGUUGCACUCGAGGCAUGUCUUGAAGCUGCUUGCAGUUGCUUGGAUAAUGAGGCAAGAACAUUGGAGCUGGAAGCUCAUCCGGCAUUAGAUAAAUUGACUUCAAAAAUUAGUACUCUGAACUUGGAGCGUGUGCGUCAAAUUAAAAGCCGGUUGGUUGCAAUAACAGGGCGUGUUCAAAAGGUAAGAGAUGAGCUGGAACAUCUGCUAGAUGAUGAUGAAGACAUGGCUGAGAUGUAUUUGACUGAAAAACUUCUGCAACAACACGAGGGCUCUUCUGUUUCCUCUGUGAAUGAGCAAGAGGGCUUGGAGGAUGGAGUCAAUGAAGAAGAUUUAAAUGACAGGGUUCCUGCAGAAAUCUCAAUGGUGGCAAAUACUGGUUCCACAAGUUAUGGUGUUGAUUUGCUACAUCUUGAUCACCAGCCUGAAAGAUCAAAUACACUGGGACGAGGCAGUCAAGGAACAAGGACAAGUACAACAAACAGUACUAUUAGUAAGCAUCUUGAUGUGGAGGAGCUUGAAAUGCUAUUAGAAGCAUACUUCGUUCAGAUUGAUGGCACAUUGAAUAAGCUAUCCACUCUGAGGGAGUAUGUGGAUGACACAGAAGAUUACAUCAACAUAAUGCUUGAUGACAAACAAAACCAUCUUCUGCAAAUGGGAGUGAUGCUGACGGCAGCAACCCUUGUGAUAAGUGCCUUUGUGGUUGUGGCGGGCAUUUUCGGCAUGAAUAUCAACAUUGAUUUGUUUGAUCCUGAAAAGGCCGGCAUGCCGGAGUUUCUGUGGACCAUCGGAGGUGGUUGCACCGGCAGCAUCUUCCUCUAUGUGAUUGCAAUCGCAUGGUGCAAGCACAAACGUUUACUCGAGUGAACGUUCACAUGGACAUCUCUAAUUGCCUAUGCACGAAGCACUUCGCUGAGCGCGGGUCCCAGUCAUAAGGGUUCUUGCAAGAGAUCUGUCUUUCUAUUCCUCCAGUUGAAGUUUUCAUUGGUAUGAACAUUUCUUUCUCCAGUGUUUCUUGUGGGUUCUGUGUUAAUUAAUAAAUUGCCUUGUGAGCAUUUCAACACCCAACUUCAUAUCCUAUGUGCCUAAGCUGUAAUUGAGUUGACGCUCCGUUUGGCAGCGAUAAUCAGCUUAAUCUGUCUAUAAGCAUAUUCUGAAAAUUCAGCCAAACAACCCUUAGCAAGCGGGUCAUAAAGUCUUUCAAAAUGCGAGUACGUCUCUUACCUAUUUUCUCCAAUGCACCAAAUGAAAAAGAAGUUAUAUAAUGAUGACAAUCCUAAUGCAUUGGGGUGUUUUGUUUGGGCUCAUGCUAUAGUCACAUCAUGAUGACACUAAGUUUUACAUCAUCUGUGCGUGAUUGGUCUUAGAUGGUGUCAAGCUUGGUGUCAUCCUUGGAAAAAAUUAAAUAAGAAAAAGCAAGUGGAAAUCUAUUUUCGUUUCCCUUUUUUUUCUUUUCCUUUCAAUUCCAAAACUUCAUUUCCUUCUACACUGUUCAUUUUUCCUCCCAUCAUUCCCACUUCUUUUCCUCAAACCACCUGGUGAAAAUAAAAAAAAAAGUAAAAAAAAAAUUGUUAAUAAUUGCCAUUUCCAAUCAUGCUUCAAAAAAAACCAAAUGCCUAACAUUUUUUCUAUUUGACCAUUCUGGGUCAAAGUUUAUAAUAUUUUACCAUAACAUAUUGAAAAAAUUACAUCGUACAAAUUUAAUUUCCUUACAUGUUUCUUUGAAAUAUUAUUUCAAAAUAUCAUAUCUUACGCAUACAUAAAAAUAUCAAUGGUCAAAAUGUUAAAUUGAAGACAUCGAAAAGUCAAAACGAUACUUAACUGGUUUCCUGGAAUUUGAGAUGGAUGAUAGAAACCAUAUUGUUCUUGGCACACAAAAUUAUUUGUGGAGAAUCCCUGUGAAAAAUCCAAAACCCCAUUCUCAGCCUGGCCGUUGAUUGCGAAAUUAUUCUGCAUAAAUGCCAUUAACACAUCCUAAUUAGAUCCAAACAAGUCCAAAACUCUAUUAAUAUUAGAGCAUAAAAAUAUUUUCAAGACUUUCAACCACAAAUAUCUUUUGAAUUCCAGAUUGAGUGUAAUUUGCCGGGUCAUCCCACAUCGGUUGUGAUGGACCGGACCGGUCAAGGAAUCGGUUUAACAGUCGUUCUCAAGUGAUGAGGUGAGACGUUGCGUCACACUUAUAAACCAACUGCCGACCCCAUAUACAGCCGUUGUGGGAUAAUCGGACAUGUUAUAUAAGAAAGGACCAUGCUAAGGUGCCACCACAUGGGUGCACCCAUGGUAGCGCCCAUGUGGUGGCACUCUAGCAUUUUCCUAUAAGAAAAAGGACAGAAAAUAGGUGUAAUUCAAUGGAUGACAUUAAGUUUGACACUAGUGAUGUCUAGCAGAAUAUAUAAUUAUAUUGUGUGACAUCGACUGUGUCCACCUUAGUGUCAUCUUCGAAAUCGAAGAAUAUCUUCCUUGAAAAUUCAAGAACCGACUGAAAGACAUUUUUUUGACCAAAUCAGAUUAAAGUAAUUAAAUUUGAUCAAUUUUCAAGAUCUUAUUUAAUUAUCUAAUGCGGGGUAUUUUAACACUUACAUUCAUCAAGGCCAAGAAGGGAGAGCUGGCGGUAUCGUCGAGAGCGGAAGCCGGUUCUUCUGCUCCCACACUCUUCUGAUACCGCCUGUUCUCCUCCAUGCUCCUCUGCACCUUCCCAUUGCUCCUAUUCAUCAAUGGGGGAGCACUGAG